GACGGCGAGGGGCGCCAGUGCUGCCCCGCGAGCUGCCACGGCCGGUGCUCUUCACAAUCUCACGCGCGUUGAAUUCGUUUCGAGUGCCUGUGAUAAUUUCGAUAACGCUAUACCAACCGGAGACGGCCAUACGCCGGUCGACGCCGAUCCACUGUUUUCGCGCUGACGAAACGUUUAGAUCGAUUCGGGUGUGAAUUUUGGAUGUUCGUAAUCGCAUUAUCCCUGUGUUAGUGCUAAUUAGUAGUGAGAUGAGGCCGAAGGAGGAAGCGGACGCGAAGGUCCAAUCUGGGACUUUUAUACUGUCCGAGAAAAUUGACGACUCCAAGUCGAAGAGAAGUGAAAAGGAGAUCAAGAAAGAGAUGAAGAGGCUCGAGAAGGAGAAACAGGAGCGGGAGAAACGGGAAAGGAAGGCGCGGGAGAAGGAAAAGGAGCGGGAAAAGCAGGCGAAGAAAGGCAAAGUGGUGUGCGGCGCGUGCGGUGGUAAGUGCAGCGGCGAGGUGCUCCGCGUGUCCGACAAGUACUUCCACACCGCGUGCUUCACCUGCCGCACCUGCUCCGCCUCGCUCGCCCGCGGCGGCUUCUUCUGCAAGGACUCGCACUAUUACUGUCCCCAGGACUACCAGCGCGCGUUCGGCACGCGGUGCGCGGCGUGCAACCAGUACGUGGAGGGGGAGGUGGUGUCCGCGCUCGGGAACACCUACCAUCAGAAAUGCUUCACCUGCGCGAGGUGCAAACUCGCAUUCCCGUCAGGCGAGAAGGUGACGUACACAGGCGCGGAGGUGGUGUGCUCCAGCUGCGUGGCGCCGGCGGCGCAGCGUCAGACCGCGCGCACGCGCUCGCCGCUGAGCUCGGCCACGCCCGACCCGCGUCCGUCCAGCGGCGACACGCGCGACGACCACGAUCAAAACGAAUGUGCGGGCUGCGGUCAGGAGCUAUCAGAAGGUCAGGCGCUGGUCGCCUUAGACAGACAAUGGCACACUUGGUGCUUUUUGUGUGGCGAGUGCGGUUGUGUGCUGCAAGGCGAGUACAUGGGGCGCGGCGGCGUGCCCUACUGCGAACGCGACUACCAGCGGCUGCACGGCGUGCGCUGCGCCUACUGCCAGCGAUACAUAUCUGGCAAGGUGCUACAGGCGGGCGAGAACCACCACUUCCACCCGACGUGCGCGCGCUGCAGCAAGUGCGGGGACCCCUUCGGCGACGGCGAGGAGAUGUUCUUGCAGGGCGCGGCCAUCUGGCACCCGCGCUGCGGCCCCGCGCCGCACGACCCGCGCGCGGCCGACCGCGCCUCCUCCGAGAUGCAGUUCUCUCUGCGCUCGCGCACGCCGAGCGUCAACGGCUCCUACUGCAGCCCCUACAGUAGCCUCACCCGCAAGUACGGGUACGGACGCGCGGUGUCGCCGGGGCUGACGCUGCGCGAGUACCGCGAGGGCGCCGCGUGUUCGCCGCACCGCAUCACCACGUACUCGUAUCUCACGGGCGAGCCGCACUACCUGCGUCGUCCGCUGCAGCCCUACGACCGCCCGCCCACCUCGCCGCACUUCCACCGUCCGCACACGCAGCAGAACUCGCGGGCGUCGUCGCGCGCGGGCGCCAGCAGCAAGGCGUCGUCGCGGCCCGGCAUGCGGGCGCUCGUGGACUCCAUGCGCUCAGAGACUCCGCGGCCCAAGUCUCCGCACAUGAACAAUGAGGAGCCUAUCGAGUUAUCUCACUACCCGGCCGCAUACAAGCCUCCGCCGGGCACGCAGCCCAAGAUAGAGAGAGACGAUUUCCCCGCCCCGCCCUACCCUUAUACAGACCCUGAGCGUCGCCGCCGCUGGUCGGACACGUACAAGGGCGUGGAGUCGGACUCAGACGAGGCGCCCCCCAACGGCGCCCCCAACGGCGCCCCCAACGGGCACCUCAACGGCCACGCGCCCGCCGACCCGCAGCUCAGGAAGGAGCACACCGAGCUCAGCAAGAUACAGACCGGAAUUGCACAGGUAUUUCUGAAAGAAGUGAAGGAGAGAGAGAAGCUGCAGCAGUGGAAGAAGCAGAACCUGGACCCGAGGAACGCGAGCAGGACGCCGUCGGCGUCGCGCGAGCCGCUGCCGCGCCUGCGCUACUCCUCGCCGCUGGGCGCGUCGCCCUCGCGCCAGCUCACCACCGACCUCUCGCAGCCGCAGACCGACUGCUACUCCGACCUCGCCAGCCACCACCACAUACCCUCAUACAAUGUAAUGCACGCUGCCCCGCGGCCCGGCUACGGCCUGCGCUCGGCCACGUUGCCCGCCGCGCUGCCCCACCAUCACCACUGCAACGUGAGUACUGGCGACUUCACAUUCAGCGGCAUGGGCGACAAGACGCAUAGCACAGACUUCAGCAGCGGCAAGUCAGACAUUUCUGCCGGCUCCAUAACAGACGUGGAUAGAAGUGCUGUGACGACGGACGGCGUGACGGCGGUGAGCGCGGCGGCGCUGGGCGCGGCGCGCGGCGGGCUGGGGCCGCGCGGGGGCUCAGGCGGCGUGCGGCGCUCGCUGCCCAACAUGGCGACGAGCCACCUCCUGCACGAGCCCGCCAAGCUCUACCCCUACCACCUGCUGCUCAUCUCCAACUACCGCUUGCCGCCCGACACCGACCGCCUCAACCUGGAGCGGCACCUGUCGGACGCGGAGUUCGAGGCGAUCCUGCAAGUGAGCCGGCCGGAGUUCUACCGCCUGCCGCAGUGGCGCCGCAACGAGCUCAAGCGCCGCGCGCGCCUCUUCUAGACUGUCGCGACGAGUUCGUAAAAUCCGCCUGAUUUCAUGAUUUCUUUAUUUCAUUUUUAUUAACUCUCCUAUUAAUAAAAAAAAAAUUAUCUGACAGAGACUGGAAUAUACUCGUUUUGUCUUAUUUGAUAUUGGCGAGACAAAAAAAUCUGGAUUAAUCAGCGAUUUUUGUUUAAUUAAUAAAAGGUUACACAUUAAUUGAUUUAGCAUUAAACAAAUUUAUUUUUGUUGUUAUACUAAUGAAUUAUAUAACAACAAAAAUAAAUUAUAUAUUAAAUAGCGGAACAAUUCCAAUGGUUUCUAUUUUCUGUCAGUGGAGGCCAACCACUGACGGAAAGUAGAAAAGAUUUAGUACCGUUGUCGUGUGGACAUCGCAUCUCUUGUCCCGAAAGCGCCAGUGGAACAGAGCCAGGGCACCAGCACCUCUGUCGGAAUAAUAGUGUAACCUUUUUUACAAAGCAUACAAUCAUGAAAAACAGCAAUUUUAUGGACUAGGCCGACAUAUGAAGCCGUUUUGUUCAGCCCGCAGCUGCAAUGCUGAACGAUACUGUGCGGCGGUCGAUGGCACGGAUUCCGUUCCAAGUAAGGAUGCCGAAUAUAUCAAGUAUACGUCAUCUAUACAUAUUAUCAAACAUGCGCAAAAUAUUCCAAAAUUAAAAAAAACACAUGCUUGGCUUUGUGCAACUUAACAGUAUAGGCAAUAAAUGUCAUUGACGGCAUUCAUACAUCUCUGUUAUUCGCUAAUCAACACCUUACGGGUCAAACAGAUCCUACUUUAAUGUGAUCCAUAUUCGAAUUUAAUAACAAUACACUUUAAUUAAUGCAUACAUUUGCAGGAAUAAAUAAAAGCGAGUGGCAGAGAUAAAUGUAUAUGUGCCUCAAUGCCCCUCAUUCCCAUAUCCACUGAAGUGACUGUAGUUCAGAAAUUAGACAUCCGUGCUAUCGGCCGCGUACUUAGCGUAGAUGAUAUUAAUUAAUAAUUCACAUAAUAAUAUAUUUGAUGAAGAUUACUAUAGCAGUGUGAUGUCGCGCGUUCAUAGAAUGCGGCGAGCUGAUGCCUUGUUUUGAUAAAGAUAUAUGUGAUGCGUCGUCUUAGUGAGAAGCAAAUGUGCUGUAGUGGGUCCGGGCGCGGUCCUGUGCGGCGGCUGAUGGUGGACGGCCCCAACUUCAAUGCUACCUUAUUUAAAUGUGGCCUUCGAGUAAACAUAUUGAGGGUCAACUGAUAUAUUAUGUUGCUAAAUGAACACAUUAUACAAUUAUUAUCCUUUUUUUAAUCUUAGAACUGAGGUCGUCCGCUAUUGCCUGGUAAAAAACACUGUUCCAACAAAAAAUAUUUAUUUGAAAUAAGUUUUACCUACAUGUCAUCAAUAUAAGCAAACAAAAUAAUGUAAUACUUCAUGUUUUAUGGGAACAGUGUCCUAAUCGCAAUAACGCCGAGUCCCAGCUCGGGUGCUAAUGGGAUUCGCCGCUCGUUUUUAUUUUAUAACCAAUGCUUUAGAAAAGUACUAUCCGCUCGCAGCUAUCUCGCUCACUCUUAUUUCAUAUCACUUUUCACACAGCCCUCAACACAAAGACUAAUAAAAAAUUGUAAGUAAACCAAAUUAACAAUACUAUUUACCUUAUUGGAUUAAUUAUUUUUAAUGGUCUAUGUAGUCUCAUGUUUUGUAAUUGUAUUUUUCGUAUUUAUUUCGACGUCUUUUUUAUGUAUUUUAUUUAAGAGUAUAUUUGUCUCUGCGGCGAUAAUAUUCUCAGAAGUGAACUGUAUCGUUAUAAUGCAGUGUGAGCGAGAUGGAGAGAGCGAGGUCGGGAGCAUCCACUUUUACAUGCAAAAGUAAUAAUAAUAAAUUGUUCCUAGGCGUAUGAGUGUGAGAGUGUGUGCGUACUUUAUUAGGUACUUUAUUGUUUUUAAUGUUAUUUAGACAGAUAUUAAUUCGGUCGCUAUGUAAGUUUUAAAAAUAUAAUCGAUAUUUUUAUUGGACAGCUUGCGAAAUUUUUGUUUAGUGUAAGUAAUGCCUGGUUUACACGGACUGAGGCGCCCUGCCAAGUCAGACUUCAAAAUAACAUUCCUUCAGUACUUUAAAACUUGAAUUGAAAUGAGGCAUUUGGGAGCCGCGGGGUCAAUGAUCAGUGGAUUUUACUAUCUAAGCAACGCGGUUUUGGAAUGCGCUAGACCGAUCGGAAAUGCAAAAAUAAGAAUAAAAGUUUUUUAUAUGUUAGUUGGCAGCAACAAACAGUGAAUCUUGAGUCCGUGUCGAGCAGGCCUAAUGUAAGACCACGCCUAACGAUUGUUACCAAGCGGCGGCGCGGCGUCUUCGGCUUUCGUGUUCUCAUUGCUGAAGGCUAAAUCAUUCGUUAUAACACUUUUUAGAUCUUAAAAUUUGAAAUUUGGAUGAACCACAGUGAAUCUACUAACAACAUACUAUGUUUGCUAACAUAAACAUACGUACAUAUAACAUACGUUCGUAUAAAACGGGAAUAAAUUCAAUACGAAGAGAAUCGCAAUCACAUUUGGCAAGAAGUAGGAGACGCCGCGCGCCGAAUAUAUUGAAGUAAAUUAUUUACUGUAAUGAUAUCUAUCUGUAUAUAGUAUAUUUUGUAAUAACGCUUAACAUAUUAUAUUUAAUGUACGUAUUUCUGCUGGCAGCGUCACGGAUUAUUGUAAUUUGACAGUUCUAUCUAAAGUGGGGAGAGAUCCGCGGAGAUACUUGGAAUAAUAAUAAAAGUUGCAUUUCCGAA